GGGCCUUACAUCAUUAUUCAGACACAAUCUUUCUAAAUACGAAAAGUAGCAACCUUCGGCGGGAGGCACGGCCAGCAACAGUCAACGACUGAACUCCUCCUCAGUCGGUCGCGGCCAGCCGGCAUAGUUGCACGUGUUUUAUUGUUUUUCACAACUCCAACACAUCACAAUGACCCAGCAAGGACCGGCGUUUGACGUCAACGCGAUGACGUUGACUCGGUGGGUGCUGCACCAGCAGCGGACAGCACCCUCGGCCACAGGAGACCUGACCCAGCUCCUGAACUCUAUCCAGACUGCUGUCAAGGCUAUUCAGUCGGCCGUGAGGAAAGCCGGCAUCGCUAAACUCCAUGGCAUAUCUGGCGACACCAAUGUGCAAGGCGAGCAGGUGAAGAAGUUGGACGUGUUAUCCAAUGACCUGUUCAUCAACAUGCUCAAAUCUUCCUUCACCACGUGCCUGCUUGUCUCCGAGGAGAAUCCCACUGUUAUACAAGUAGAAAGCGAUAGACGCGGCAAAUACGUGGUGUGCUUCGACCCGCUGGACGGUUCCUCCAACAUCGACUGCCUUGUCUCCGUGGGCUCCAUCUUCUCUAUUUACAAGAAAAAAUCAGCGGGCGAACCAAGCGAAGCUGAUGCCUUACAACCCGGUAACGAACUAGUGGCCGCCGGUUACGCACUCUAUGGUUCAGCCACCAUGAUGGUGCUCUCACUAGGCAAAGGCAAGGGGGUCAACGGGUUCAUGUACGACCCCUCGCUGGGCGAGUUCAUCCUCACAGACCCCAAUAUGGGGAUACCUGAGAAGGGAAAUAUUUACUCUAUUAAUGAAGGCUACGCGGCAGAAUGGCAGGCUGGUCUUCGCCAAUACAUAGACGAUAAGAAGAACCCUAAGAAAGGCAAGGCGUACGGCGCUCGCUACGUCGGCUCUAUGGUUGCUGAUGUGCACAGGACUAUCAAAUAUGGCGGUAUUUUCAUGUACCCAGCCACUAAGUCUGCUCCCAAUGGAAAACUACGUCUGCUCUACGAAUGCAACCCAAUGUCGUUUAUAGUAACAGAAGCCGGCGGCCUGGCGACCAACGGAACGAUCCCUGUCCUAGACAUAGUGCCGACCUCCAUACAUCAGCGCGCUCCUUGCUUCCUCGGCUCCAAGCAAGAUGUAGAGGAACUACUGAGUUACUUGAACAAAUAGGCUUGUGAACUAUGUAUGUGAUAUGUUAAAGCUAAAUAAAAUAUGAAUUUUGUAAUUUUAAUUAUCUACAUUGUUGUUAUAAAUGUUAUGUUAUAAGACUGA